AUGCUAAUAGAAAAUGACAGAUCUUCGGAUGUUAGAAGCACAAGAAAACAUCGCACUGUGAGGCAAGCAAAAGGAAACCAGGUGUUUCAAGUGAGAAGCAUACUCGCCGGUAAGCAGCGAGGCGAUCGACUCAUCCUCCCAUUCACUUCCAAAACUUGAUCAUCGCAGUGUUUCGUCGGCGAAAGCCCUGAAAACGUUAUCAAUUACCACGAAAAGCCGCAAAUUAAGGGCACCAGGCGCAAAAAUCUCUCUUCUCCAGCUUCCAUGUGUGAAAUUACGGCGAUAAAUACGGUAUAUGCACAGUCCAUGGGAUCUCUUAACUACAAUUCAAGUAUUUCGAAAGAAGCAACCAGCGAGGGAACUGCGGAGCCGAAAACACUAACAGCGACUCAAGAAGAAGAAAGUGAAGAAAACGUGGCAAGCGGCAAAAAGAAGAGGGGACAGAGUGUUAAAAAAUCCCGCUCUAAGCUCAAAAAGGUAUUGUCUUGGCGUCAGUCAAACAGAUCACGUCGAUUGAUUGCGAAUGCAAGAGAGCGCUCUAGAAUUCAUAUUAUGAGUGAGGCUUUCGAAGGAUUGAGGCGAGCUGUGCCCAGCUAUUCAAGUGAUCAGAAGCUUUCCAAGCUCGCAAUAUUGAGGUUGGCAACGAGCUAUAUCUCGGCAUUGUCUUAUUUGGCAGAGAACGAUACAUCUACGAAAUCACUUAAACAUUUUGCCGAGUGCGUUGAUAAAUGUACUCAAGCGUUGCAAACGGAAGGCCGAACAAGACGAAAAGAGUGAGUAUCAGAAAACGUUUUUCUUUCAAUGCAAGAAUAUAUUUUUUCAUUUUCGGGUUUCCUUUAACGAUGUUUUCCUUUUUGUGGCCUUUUAAACCUAUUAAUUAUAUUAAAAAGUACCGAAUCGCCGCAAAACAUAUUUGCAAGUGAAAAGCGUAAUUUAUAAAUAGAUUAUAACUUGUAGAAAAUAUACCAAAAUUGAUCUCAUUUUCUCUUUCAUAAUUCUCUUUCCAUGGCGCCUCGCAGGAAAAAAAAACAUGGCUCAAUUACUGUGAUGUUUUUAUGGUUGCCCUAUAAAAAUAUCCAAGGUACUUUUAACGCUAGGCUUUCCGGGGUCUUUGUACUCUUAUUUAGAUUUUUAUUAAACGUUAAAAGGGCUUUUACAAGUAAAAAUUGUAAUCAAAGCCGGCGGGAAGGUUUAAAUCUCAUCAGGCCUUUUAAUGCUUUUCAUCUAUUGAUCUCGAAACGCCAAAAAACCAGAAUCGAAUUCGCUAACGAACACCUGGACUUAAGUUGAAGUAAACUUCUACGUUGUUGUAUAUUAAAACUCUGGCUUUAACCAAUGAAAUUGUCGCAAAAGUUGCAACAAAAGAGCACUAAUUACAAGACUGCACCUGCUUUGCAAACACAUUGGAGAAAAUCAUUCUGAUGAGAGAUAAAUCCAUGCGGUGGAAAACAGGAACUUCAAAAUGGAACCUUGUUUUUGCUUGAGAACCUUCCAAUUAAAUUUGGCAGAAGCGACGAGAAAAUUCACUGAAUUUAUUCGUUGUUUACAUUUUAGCGGUAGCAGGUUUUUUAAAAGGUUUAGCCGGAUUUAGGUGUUAAAUAGACUCCUGUUUCCAAGAAAAAGGUGCAAUUUACGAGUAUAAUAAUUGAAAUCUCGAGUGAUGUGCAGGAACAGAAAAAGUAGUGUGCGCUAGUAAGAUUUAAAACAAAUAGAAAUAUACGUUCACUUAACGUCUUAUUUUAUUUUACAGGGCGAAAAAGACAGUCAAUGAAGACAUAAUUACAGACUGACGUGGGCAACCAAAAAAUACAUAAAUAAUCAUAAUUCGGUCCAAGUUUCAGCAACCCCCCUGCGGUGACAGUCAAAAGAAAACAAAAGAAAAGUGAAACAAGAGUUUUAAAUUAAAUCAUUAUAACAAGUCAAAACCAAUGAAUUAUCUUAGUCCGUAUCAAUAGCUUACUUGCAAAAAAGGAAAAAAAGCAAAUUAUAUUUAUUUUAUCUGUAAAUAUUCAAGUUACAUAAAGCGGAUUUCUGUAAGAUCGAACAAGUUGUGGG